UAUUAUUAUAUAUAUUUUUUUUUACACCACAAGUCCACAACAGGUACAUGUACAACAACACUAUUACUCUACGAAAUAUACCUGCUGAAAAUUUAAAAAAUAUCACCAUAUCACAGCAGCAUAAAUAACCAUACUAAAUGGGCAACUUAGACAAUGCUAAUCCCAUAGUUUUUCUGGCAACAAAAGAAAGAAAUGUUUUACCUGAAGAAGAAGAUGACAUUUUUACAGAUAAAUUUGACACCAGAGAAAUUUUCGGUAAUAAUUUAAAUUAUUUAAAUUUAAUAACAAUUAAUACGAAGUGUCUAAAUGUCCGGUGACCAAGUUUCAUCAUGAGACUCUCAUGACAGCAGUAACAAAGUUGCUGGAGAUAUUUUUCCGGCGUCAGCCUUGUCACGUGACCGCUAAUGACUAAUGGAGCUGCAUGUGGGCGAUGAGUUUACUUGAUCUCAACGAAUUCAAGAUAGUCUGGACAUUUACAUGUAAAAUAAAUAUGUUCAAUUCUACAAAAGAAGUGCUAGAACCAUUGCUUGUUUUAAAAAAUAUUUUCCUUCCAAGGCUUGUCUUGAAAUUCCGGACUGUUUAAGUUUAAAAUGUGGGGAAAUAGAUUUCUAUUGUAUUCAAUGCGGGAAAAGGUUUAAAUCAACUGCCAUCGGCAGAGUAAAGCAAAGUUAUAGUAAUUUUUAAAAAUUAAAUUAUAUAAGUAAUAUAACAGAUUCUGAUUUACGUGUAGAAUGGUUUAAGUAAGUGUGUUGAAAAUAGAGCAUACGACUGUUUAUUCGACUUAUCAGUACAUUCAGGAUGGACUGCAAAGGAUGUAUGAAGUUUCGACUUAGUGAGGAUAGGCAGAAACUUCAAAUUAUUUCUUUAAAUGAAGACCACUCUCAUUGUGUUGCAAAUGUAAUUAUUGUACUUGCAAUUUCAACAAAAUAAUGUAAGAACUCAAAUCAGGGACUGUUUUUAUCAGUAAAUAGGCAAAUACUUUGACUGAUCUCCACAAAUUUUAUCAUAACAUGAGAAAUAAAUGUUGUGUUGCAGGAAUCGACUGGGUGAACAGGAAAAGGAUGCUGUUGCCCAGAUGCUAGAUCUAAAGGCUAACAAAAAAAUGAUACAGCAACACAUGAUCCAAUCAAGAGAAAAAGUGAUUACAAUGAAAGAUAUUCAUAAAUGCUAUCAAUCAUGUCUGAAUCAUGAGAACGACCUGUUAAACAAGUUGAAUGAGAUGAAGAAAGAGGAGGGUUUUAUAAUAGAGGUUGUUGUGGGUGAGGAUAACCAACUUCAGGCACUUUACUACCAACAAAAAGAUAUGUUGAAAGUAUUUUCAUGCUGUCCAGAGCUGCUUCUCCUAGAUGCAACAUACCAGCUAAACAACUUGCGAAUGCCUCUGUAUAUUUUAAUGUGUGUAGAUGGGAAUGUGGAAAUGUGGUUGCUGUACUUUGGAUUGUGGCAAACGUGGAGAGAGAGACCAUAAGUGCAUUGACAGAUAUCUUUAUAAUCACAACGAGACAAGUCGGGCUCAGGCAGUCAUGGCUGACAAAGAUAUGGCGGAGAGAGACGUGAUGACUGAGAAAAUUCCCAAUGCUGCACUCCAAAUUUGUCUUUUCCACACAAUAUGCGCAUUUUGCAGAGAAGUAACAUCAGAAAAAUUGGAGAUCAAGACAGAGCAAAGCCUUUUGUUAGAAUAAUAGAAAAGCUUGUUUACUCUGCUAAUGAGUUUGAUUAUGACAAGCAAUACGAAAGUCUCAAGGCACUUGGACUGCAACCGGUAAGGGACUAUUUUAAUUCAAUUGGCAUGACAUAAGAAUGCAAUAGUUGAAGGAUUAAUGAGACAAAGCUUGAAUCUCUUGAACAGCACUACAAACCGUGUUGAAUGCAUCAACCAAAAAUUGAAAAGUGUAAUAUCAAAGCAUUCAGGGAUGAUUACAUUCUUUACAGAUUUGAUGGUCAAACUUAGAGUUCUUGAGGCAUCAAGCUAUGUACACAGGCAUCAAGCUAUGCACACAGGCAUCAAGCUAUGCACACAGGCAUCAAGCUAUGCACACAGGCAUCAAGCUAUGCACACAGGCAUCAAGCUAUGCACACAGGCAUCAAGCUAUGCACACAGGCAUCAAGCUAUGUACGCAGGCAUCAAGCUACGCACGCAGGCAUCAAAGUACGCAGGCAGGCAUCAAGCUACGCACACAGGCAUUAAGCUACGCAUGCAGACAUCAAGCUAUGCACGCAGGCAUCAAGCUAUGCACGCAGGCAUUAAGCUAUGCACGCAGGCAUCAAGCUAUGCACAUAGUCCACAAAUCAUCAGCUCAUUUAAUGUCCAGUGACCUGAAGGAAUAUUCAGCCCAUGUUACAUUGUUUGCCAUGAAGCAUAUCAGUAGUCAACUAUCAGCUACCUCCAUUCCCAAUGAAACCUCUGGUACUGCAUGAAGCUAUGGUUUUCCCUCUUCAAUGGGUCUGCCCUGUAAACACAUCUUUCGAUUUAAAAUAAACAGGGGAGACAAUUUAUUUGAUGAGUCUCUCAUUUUGGAUCUUUGGAAGUUGGGCUAUUUCGUGCAGAACCGGGAUUGGAGAGAGCCUGCUUAGCUUGGUGACUCAUUGUUGCUGUGCUACUAAUUCAGAAUGAGGAAUAGAGCCAUUGUCACAGCAAGCCAAAAGCAGGAAAGCUUUUAUCAUAGCUCAGCGAAUUGCUGAAUUUGUGAGUGGGGCAACAGGGGUACAAUUUAUUAGUAUUUAAUAAGUGACAAAUUGAGAAUUUUCCUUUUAUUUCAUUGUAAAAUUUUGUAUGUUUAAUAGUAUUAAUAUUAGGGUUGAAGUUAAAAUACAAAUCCUAGUAUUGUUUAAAAAAAAUGUUCUUUCAAAAUAUAUUUUACAGUACAUUACAAAGCUCUUCAACUAUUUAUAAUGUGUUUUUGUUUGUUUUAUAUUCAAUUAGAUAAUAAUCAUUCAUUUAUUAACUGUAAACAUACUUUUAUAGUGUUAUUUUGUGUCUUCACGUAUUACUAAAAGUGUUUUAAACUUACUAUUAACUUCAAUUUAAUUUUAUGUUUUCACAUGUAAUGAACAAAGGGUUAAAAAGUGACAAUGUUAAUUAAAGCAUGAUAUGCCCACCGGAUGAAUAUCUCCUGCACUAUUUGUCUGGUCGCCGGACGUGUAGACACUGCCUAAAUAAUAUAAAUGAUAAUAUAUAUAGUACAUAAGAUAUAUUAACAGCAAUAGUAAAUUCAUAACUAUAUCUUGUCUUAGCUAGUAAGGCUUAAGCUGCUACUGUUUACUAAUAUUCAGAGAGAGAGAGGGUAGAGGAAAGACAAUUGAUUUUAGACAUGUCGGUUUUAGCUGUAAGGCCGGCAAUGUGCUCCACAGUGUAUAGAUUAUGGAGGUUACCCCAGGUUAACUUGCACCUACGGUGCUGUAUUCAAAAGAUUUUGAUAUUUAUGUAUGUGCUCACUUAAUGUAAUUUUUUUUCUUAUUUUAUAUUUUUGAAAUUGGGGGGAGGGGUCUCUCCCCAGAGGAUUUCUUUAUUUCUUAUUUUGGUAUUUAAAGUGGGGGAGAGGUUUGGGAAGGCCCCCCCCCCCUUUCCCAGUCCCCAGAAGAUCAAUUUGUAUAUGUGGCAAACUCUUAUGAAUGAAACUCUGAGAUUUUGCCCUCAGAAAAUUAUGAUAAUUUAUAAAAUGGACUCUACCAGGUUUUUAAAUCUCAAAUAAAAAUAUUUCGGUUUAAAUGCCUUCUAAAUUCAUUCUGAAACAAAAUCUAUCAGCUAUUUCACCAACACCCAUUUCCCAUACAAUUUAGUCAGUAGUCCUAUGUUGGGAUUCUCCAAAGUGAUGACACUGCGCUUAGGGUGAGACAACUCUUGGAAAAUUCAAUACCAUUAACCCAAAACUUAUUGAAAAACCUGAAGGACAAAGCAAUAACAGAAAGUGAAUGUGAAUGUUUUGGCCAAAAAGCAAAAAACAGUUAAAGACAGAGACUAACACUCUUACUUUGUUUAGAUGUGUAGUCUACAGGAAAUGGUAGAUGUGACAUAUGGCGAAUCUCCUGAUUGUACCAUAGUUACUCUAAAUCAUCAGACAACGUUGUAGUUCUGACAUCUAUGUAAAUAUGACCGUUGCUGUUACUAGUGUUAUUCUGCAUACUCUAUAACCUAUGUCUCACACACACUAUAUAUAGUAUAAUUUAUCAGCUGACGUCCAAUUUCAGCAAAUCAUUUUUUUAUUAACAAAUCACACUAUAUAUAUUUAGUUUUACAUUGAUGAAUAAUAGAAUAAUGAUUGAUUGAAGUACAGUCACAAUACAUCCGAUUCCUUCAGAAUUAUAACAUUUGAUCAACUGCCACCUUGAAAUCCAUUACAAUAUGUCUUCUCUUCCAGUUUCACCUUAUCUAUAUUUAUAUUACUACUCUGUUGAAUGCUAUUUUGCUGAAAUAUUCACUUUCUAUUAUUUACCUUCAGGUUUUCCAUACAUUUCUCAUUGCUUCAACCUAAAUGCAGAUCUCCCUAUAUUUCUCAACUAUUUACUACUAUAAUUUUGUUAAUUUAACUUCCUUUUAAUCGGUAGCCUACUUGCUGUAACUAUGAAUACUACACAUAUUGUUUUGGCGAUUUUAAUUAUACUACAAACGUCCACUAUCAUGUAAGGGUAUUUAAUUAUUAAGUAAUGUAUAUAGUCACAUAUAGGUCGCACUAAUGAAUCGGUUGCACCUUUAGAGUGGCAAUUUGGGUUGAUAAUCCUGUAUGAUAAUUUAAAAAUAGGCCUUUAGGACCUGCAAUUUAAAAAAAAUAUGUUUAAAGUUUCUCCAUGAAAAAAAAAACAUGAACCUUGGACGGGGGUCAUCCGAAAAUGUCCAGGUAUAAAACGCAGAAAGCUACCUCAUCCCAAAAAAUUAUAUAAAAAUAUAAUGCAUAUAUUUUGCAUUGUUAUAGAGAGCUUGUUUACAUAUUUCUCGUGUGUGCCCUCUGAUUGACCCCGCAUGAGACGCUGUGUUCACAAAGGGGUGUGGCUUAGGUCUUUGAAGUGGCUUGUUUACAAUCGGCUUCCAAUUACGCAUUGGGUAGAUUGUUUUCGGGUAAUUUCUGGAAUAUACUCCUUAACCCGAGAUAUGUAAACAACACGUCAUAAGCCCUUCUCGAAGCAUCUUACUCUACAUAUAUAUAAGGGAUUGACAGGCACGACGAGGGAGAUUUUUCUCACCUAGAUUUUCUUAACAUUACGAGGCGUGUUUUAUUCUUUGUGUAUUUGUGUGCUCCUACUUAUAUGUGUUUAUUUCGCAUUAUUUAUUGGCAUCAUUAUUUCUAAUUGUAUUAACUGUGUACCGGUACGACAUCUACCAUACUGUAAGUUGAAGAUUGUAAUUUUAUUUUAUUUUAUUUUGUAAUUAUCUUAAGACAUAAUAAAUCUUAAUUAAUUGUAACUAGAAACUGUUUUGGGUCGUAUCUUUAAUAUUGUUGAUUAUAUGGUAUCGUCCUUUGUUAGGCACUGUUUACAACGAGCCAAUUAAAAUUAAAAUAGGAGAUUAAUUUCUCCCAAUACAAGUCAGUGCGUAACAUGCAUGAAAAAUGGCGAUUUGAUGACCUCAUAAGGUUAGCGUCCAAGGCAGGUGACCCCCUUCACACUGCCCUGGCAGCUGGGGGGUUGGGAUGGGGGUAUGAAAAUUUGACUUUUUUUAAGAACUGAUAAUAUAUGGAUGGUGAUAAUGUAUGGGUGGUGACAAUAUAUGGAUGGUGAUAAAAAUAGGUUGACAUCAUUUAUGGAAUGUUUCUAAGUAAUUAAGCUCAAUAUUAUGCAUAUAAUUAAUUAAGUACACUAUUUUAAUGAGACAUAGGGCUAGCACACUACAACUCAGUCAAUUCUCAUAGUGUUAGUACUCUACAACUCAGUCAUUUACUUAUUUAGGAACUUUUUAGAACUUUGUGCCUACUGUUUUAACUUAAACUACCCUUCUCGGCUAAUAUCUAUCUGAACCUACUCAUAAUGCUAUUUAUUCACUUUGGGCUAAUCUUAUAUGUUAGCAUCAUAAUUUUAAAAACCAAUAGCAAAAUAAAAUAAGGAAGGCCUAUUCUUUAUAAUUUCCAAAAAGUAAAAUUUAGGCAUAAAUCAAUAAAUUUAUGGUAGCAAAUGCUACUUAAAGAAAAGGGUUCACAUUAUAUGCUCAUGCAUGUGUAGCAAUUUUUCAUAUACUAAUGCUGAUGCAACUGGAUCUACUUUGACCCACGUUCAUUUGACGAUCAAGCAUGCAUUGCAUCUGCCCAUAAAGAAAAUAGUGUAAAUAAGGGCCUCUUUUGCCUCAGUUGUUAAAAGUUGUAUCAGUAUGACCAGUUCAUUUUAAAUAUUAUAAUAAUUUCAAGGAUUUUGAGAUUGUUAUUAAAAUAAAUACUUUUUCCAUUACUUCUGCUGUAUUAUUAAUAAUGUUCUGGAACAAAAUUAACAAAUUGCAAUACACUUGGACAUGGGAUAUUAGGUCUUAAUUCAAACCAAAAGUAGGGGCUUUCAUAAAAAGUGGAUCUUGUUUUAUGUGGUAUUAUCCUGAUAUAUUUUUUUUUUAAAUUAAAAACUUAUUUAAUGGUAUAAUAAUAAAAAGCUGUGUUAUUGUUAUACUCAGAUACUUUUGCUUUCUUUGUAAAAGGCAAUUCAUAAAUAAUGUCACACUAUUUUAGCCUAUUUCCUCCCCCCUUGAAAUUUAUUAAAAAUAUUAGACCAGAUUAUUACACAUCAUCACACAGUUGUGGAUCCCCCCCCCGCCCCCCACCCCCCUGCCGCCUAGAUGCCUUAAAACAAUUUUGUAUGACAUCUAGUCUCAUAUUUUUAAGUCCUAAAUUAAAGGUACUAGUAUUUAAGGCGCAAUAGUUGUAAUAGUAAUAAGUCCUUUCUGGUAUAAAUAUAACACAUUUCAGUGGGAUAAACAAAAUCCAAUCACAUUUGGACAGAUAUUUUAUGAAGAUGGACUUUAUGGUAAAUUUAAAUAGUGAAUUUGAAAUAAAUAAAUAUGUUAUUAAUUACUUUUUACUGGCUGGUAAAAUUUACUUAAAGAAUAACAUCCAUUGACAGAAGAGGUCUCUGUUGAGAUCACAAAUGUCAAUUUAUAUUGGAAAAUAUAUAAUGGGGCGGGGAUCAUUUUUGUUUUUUAGGGUGGCAAAUUUGGAAAAGGUUCAAAACCACUGAUCUAGAUGGCGUCUGAUUCAAUAAAAGAAAUCUGUGAUUAUUAAUAGGCCUGGAAAUGUUUAAAAUGUAUCCACAGUUUAUGGGUAUAUGUAAAUGUUAGCAUUUUGCGUGAUUGGAUAAAGACAGUUGGUUACCCAGAUAAGCAUUAGCAAAACCGAUUUGCAUUAGGCCUAAAUUUUAAUAUUUGCUAUCAGGUUAAAAUAAAGGCCUUACUCAAGCUUCUUUGUAUUUUGUUUCUUUACUCUUUAGACUUGAUUCGUGUUAUAAAUGAUCCUGAGCACCCACUGACUCUGGAAGAGCUUAAUGUGGUGGAAGAGUCUAAAAUUAAGGUAAGUUAAAAAGAAAUGUAUAGUUAAAGUAAUUUUUUUAAAAAUUGUAUGUCUAGUCAGACUGUAACUAUAAAUGCCUGUUAGCAUAUUAUCUGGGUCAGCUGUUAACAUAAUAUCUAGUUCAACCAUAAUAUAUGCGUCAGCUGUUAGCAUAAUAUCUGUGUCAACUAAAAGAUCAUUGAGACAUUUUUAAUAUCUUGUAAACCCAACCCAAAAUAAUUACUUAAUUUAAUGGGUGAGUUUUCAACAAAGGAAAGUAACCACUUUUAUGUAGCCAAAGUUAUGGAUCUUUGCAUCCGGUUACAGUCUUUAUGUUUCUUUGAAAUAAAAAAAAAUGAUUAUAAUAUUGUCAAUGAAUAGAUUGGCUUUAUCAAAACUUUUUUUAUACUGUAUGAUCCAGGGGUUUAAUUGAGAAAAUGAUAUGUUUUUAAUUGAUGUAUAGGUUGAUGAUGAUGCCAAUGCGGUUCAUAUCUUGUUUACCCCCACGAUCCCACACUGCAGUAUGGCUACUUUGAUUGGGCUUUCAAUCAGAGUUAAGCUGUUGCGAUCACUUCCGUCAAGAUUUAAGGUAGGAAUUUUAUAUUCAUGCAAUUCCCGACUUUUCUAAUUAUAAAGUUGUUGACCUAAAUUUGAUCAGCUUAAUAUAUUUUCACUCAUCAUUAAACCCUGAACAAACAGAUAUAGUGGCCUCUAAAGUUUGAUUUAAACAAGGAAUAAUUUAUUGCAGCCCAUUAUUUGAUAUAGUUUAUUGCAGCCCAUUAUUUGAGUUAGUUUAUUGCAGCCCAUUAUUUGAGUUAGUUUAUUGCAGUCCAUCAUUUGAUAUAGUUUAAUGACUACUGCUAGAGAAGAGUAACCCAAGAGUGAUUCCCAGAAGCUUAUUUUCUAGGUUGAAAGCAGAGCAUUAAUGUGUAUAAAUUCAUUGUUCUUUUACUGAUCCCAUAUAAAAAAUGUCACAAUCGAUUAGGAUCUGUAGACACUGAUUCUAAAAAAAAUGGUAUAAUUAAUUUCUAAUGUUUGCUUGUAGGUAUGAAUUAUCUUACUUUGUGCUUUGACAGGUUGAUGUCCAGAUUACACCAGGGACACAUGAUUCAGAACAAGCAGGUACAAACAAGAAUUUUUAAUCGUCUCUCUCCCAAUUAGUACAUGCUUUAAUCAAUUUUAAAAAAACCCGACAUAAUAAAAUGCUCUUUGUUGCAUAAUUGUUCGUUGACAUGUGUCGUUUAAGGGCAUCACAAAUUGGCUGGAAACAACUUUCAAGUUUUUUGGCUUUGACCUAUGUUAAAAAAAUGUGAUUUUUUUUGGUGUGAUUUUUUGUGUGUUUAAGUCAAACAAAGCUCAGCUUUGCCACACAUUUAUUUGACAGAACUCCAGAAUUUUAAAAUACUUUUGUUUGUUUGCUUCCUAGCAAUAAUAUCAUAAUUCAAUUGACCGGAAUUGACCAGUUUAUUUCCAGAUUUAUGUGUUUCAACAAAUAAAAUCUCUAGUACAUUUAAACUUAGAAGAAACCAACAACAAAUAUGUUACCUCCUUAUUAUUGAUCACCAGUCAUAACAUUUCACCUGUGUAUGAUUUGAGCACAUUAACAAUAGAUUUGACCUACAUAUUGAUUUGUAUUGAUUGAACACACCAACUUCUAACAGAGCAUAUGUUGACCUAAUGACUUUCUCCUCUCACAGUGAACAGACCAACUUCUAACAGACCAUGUGUUAACAUGAUGACUUUCUCAUCUCACAGUAAACAGACCAACUUCUAACAGAGCAUAUGUUGACCUAAUGACUUUCUCCUCUCACAGUAAACAUACCAACUUCUAACAGAGCAUGUUUUGACAUAAUGACUUUCUCAUCUCACAGUAAACAGACCAACUUCUAACAGAGCAUAUGUUGACCUAAUGACUUUCUCCUCUCACAGUAAACAUACCAACUUCUAACAGAGCAUGUGUUGACAUAAUGACUUUCUCAUCUCACAGUAAACAGAUCAACUUCUAACAGAGCAUGUGUUGACAUAAUGACUUUCUCCUCACUUUCACAGUAAACAAACAGUUGGCUGACAAGGAGAGGGUCGCUGCUGCCUUGGAAAAUUCCCAUUUGUUGGAUGUUGUUAAUCAGUGUCUGGCUAGGAGAGCUACUGGAUAAAUGGAUGACAGCAGGGAUGAUACUGGAUGACAGCAGGGAUGAUACUGUAUGACAGCGGGGAUGAUAUUGGAUAAAACUAUCACAACAGUAAUAGUCAUGAUAUCCAAUUCACACAACCAUAAGACAGCAUCGAAGAUAUUGGAUGAAACUAUGAUGAGAGUGAUAGUGAAAAUAAUUGAACAUAAUUUUUGGUGGUGAAAGUACUGGUUUUAGAUUGAUACGGUCAGACUGUUUGAUAGAACAGGAUGUUAACUUCUUAUAAUUAUUACAAAUGGGAGCUUAAGUCUUAAAUUAAUUAUUAUGUAUUUUUCAAUGCCUUUAGCUCAUUCAUGUUAUUUCAGUAUUUCUGACUUACAUGAAACCAAUGGAGCAUUUUUGAAUUAGUUCCGGACUUACCUGUGCCCCAUGUAGCAUUUUGCAUUAGUUACCAUCAUUCCUUCCUAAGCUUUUCAACAUAUAGAAUGGAGUUGAUUUCCCACAGUUGUCAUGGAUGAAAUUUUGUGGCAUUAAAUUACUCUUUAUUAUCACAUCCACUGAUUUUACUGUAGCAAUUUAUUCAUUAUGAGCACAAGUCUUUUAGUCGUAGUCAAGUGAAAUGAAGGCCAGAGUUGAGAUCAAGGGUUUUCUAGGAAAUGUUAACCUCUCUUAAUUCUCUCUAUUUUCAUCUGUCAUUUAAAAUGUGUCAUUAAUUUCUUUUAAAUGUGUGUGUAAAUGUGGAGAAUUCGACGGAUUGUAAAUAAUAUUAUCUUUAAUGUUUAUGUAAGUCUUUGUGGACAUUUUUAGACAAAAGUUUUCAAAUCAGCUGAUUUUUAUAACCUUUUAUUAUGAGCAUUGUUGGAUUGUUCCUCUGGAGCAGCGGUCCUUAUACAGGGGUCGUCUAAGACCAUCGGAAAACAUGUAUUUAUGAAGUAGCAAUGAAAAUAAUUUUAUGGUUGGGGGUCACCAAAAUGUGAGGACCUGCAUUAAAGGGUCGCAGCAUUAGGUAGGUUGAGAACCACUGUGCUAGUGUUUUUGAAAUAGACCUAAAAUGAGGUACGCUGCUCAAUCUCUCAUAUAUUGGCCAAUCCUCAAAUGAUGUUUACCAAAAUAGUUAUCAUUAAAAUGCUAAAACGAAGCUGGAAUAAACAAAGCCAUCAGUUUAAGGCAGAUUCUUAAUUAAUAAAAUGUAAAGUUCCACACUUGUGGCCUAAAAUUUUAAUAUGUGUGGUCUAAACUGGUGGUUCGCAAUGUGGACAAUAUAUCCCCCCCCCUCUUUUUUUUUCCCCAAGAACACUAUAUAUCUCAGAGGCCUUGAAAAAAAAAAAUACUUCUUUGGGGUGGGCAUGAAGAGUUUGAGUUGGCCACAACCUUAAACUGAACAAUAUCUUAACAAGAUGACUUAUUGGCAACUAUGGAACUCAUUUAUUAUUACACACAAUUAUGAGAUUAUACAAUUUAUAUCUAUUGCUAAAGUACAAAUAAUGCAAUUUAAAUAUCAAUCCUCUGGAUUUCAUAAAUUAAUGUUCUCUCACUGUAUUAUGUUUGUUUCUUACAUUGAAUAUAUAUUCAUUGAAAUCAUUGGGGUAUUUUUGUGCAAGCAUGUUGUGAAAAGUCACUUGGCUGUCACACAAGCAACAUUAGAAAAAUGUAGCUGCCACUCGGUAGAAACAAACAAUUGAACAGCAAAGUGAUAGAACAGCUCAACGCUAGAUUUAAAUCAAACUGACAGAAUUCCUCGAUGUCCAGAAAUAAAAAAAUAAUAUGAGUUAUAUAAAAUGUUAAAUGGGGUCAUGGGUAAAAUAAGGUUGAGAAGCACUGGUCUAAACAGCUGGUUGGCUAAGUUUGUUUAUAAUUUUGUUUGUGUCACAUGUCUUGGAAAAUUAAUUCAGGUAACUCAAAAUUUUACAUAUGGAAUUACAUCUACGAACGCAGCGGAAGCUCUUAUGGAUCCCCGGACCCCAUCUUGAAGGACUUCCUCGCUUUCUACAGGGAGGAAGUACCACGAGGCAGCUCCCCCAGGAUGUUUCGCCCUAGUUGCAAACAAUGUGACCACCCCAGUGACGCCAUAGGGGUGGCUCCCAUGAAUUUGAGCCGUACAGAAAAGGAGUGCGUUUUCUACUGCGGACUACUUUGACCUCCCAAUCAAUUCAAACAAAAUUUUCUAACCAUUCAUAAAACUAUUAAAAAUAGAUUUUCUUAAUGUCAAAAUAAUGUUCAUGUUUAAAAGAAAUGUAUGGUGUCCACACUGCACUGUGGUCAGCUUUCUCUCAACAUCUGUGUUUGUUUGUUGGAUGAAAUAAAGGAAUGAUAUAC